UAUAUUUAUAAUUAAUGGGAAUUUCAAGAGACAGUCGACAUAAGAGAAGACUUACAGGAGGUCGCAUGCCAAUUCAUAAAAAGAAGAGAGCAUUUGAGAAAGGAAGAUAAGCUGCAAUGACAAAAUUAAUUUCUGGAGAAAAAAGAGUCAGAAGAAUUAGAGUUAGAGGAGGAAAUUUCAAAUUUAGAGCACUUCGCCUAUCUGAAGGCAAUUUCUCUUGGGCCAGCCAAGGUGUUGCAAAAAAAGCAAAAAUAGUUGAGGUUGUUUACCAUCCUUCUAACAAUGAAUUGGUGAGAACAAAAACUUUAACAAGAGGAGUUAUUGUAUAAGUAGAUGCUACCCCAUUCAAAUAAUGGUAUGCUAAAAAAUACAAUGUUGAAUUGGGACCAAAAAAGAAAGAUAAAAAAGUAAAUAUUAUAUUGAAAUCUUAGGAUGCACCAGCAGAAUAAACAAAAAAAUCAAAUUCUCUAUAAAAAAAACUUGCAUAAAGAGCAAAAGAUAACGUUAUUGAUUAAUUGGUUCAAGAGCAAUUCUCUAAUCAAAGGUUAUUGGUUAGAAUAACUUCAAGACCUGGAUAAUCAGGAAGAGCUGAUGGCUAUAUUCUAGAAGGAAAAGAAUUAGAAUUCUAUGUUAAAAAAGUUGAAUAAAAGAAAAAAUGAUAUCAUUAGUACAUUAAAUUUGCAC